AUGGGAGAGAGCCACCACCAAGCAGCAACAUCGUCUAGAUUGGGGAUAAGCAACACAGUGGGAGAGAUUGUGGAGGUCCAAGGAGGCCUCAUUGUUCGGCCUACAGGAAGAAAAGACCGCCACAGCAAGGUCUGUACAGCCAAAGGCCCCAGAGACCGCCGCGUCCGGCUCUCAGCCCACACUGCUAUCCAGUUCUACGAUGUGCAGGACCGCCUCGGCUACGAUCGUCCCAGCAAAGCUGUCGAUUGGCUCAUUAAGAAAGCCAAGACCUCCAUAGACGAGCUCGCAGAACUACCCGCAUGGGAUUCAACCACAGCGGGCUUCACCCCCAAAACUAUACAAGCUCUCCUGGAUUUUACAUUUGCAUUUAGAUCAGGUUGUGAGGAAUCCGAAGGUCAUGGUCUGUCAUUCUUGGCGUAA